AUGUCUACCGGAUCGCCAACUUCGGACCAUGUCGACACUCGCUUCAGCACCCCAGUGCCAGAAUUGGACGACCAUCGUCUUCAAGCGUCAUCGCUUCCUCGAGCAGAAACGAGCGCACCACGGAACAUUCGAAGACUGACCGGUCGAAGUGGCUCUAUCGAUCACCCGGUUCUACUGCAGGUCAAUGAAGCAAUACGUGGCCCUUGUACAAUUCCACGAGACCUCGAGAAUGCUAUCGUUGAUGAAGAUAGGAGUGGCAAUCAAGACCAAUUGAGUCCGAACAUCAGGCGGGGCUCAAGCGGCUUUAGUCCUACGGUUCCCCGCCGCUCUGCCAAUCGUUCAGUCCGGGAGCGUGACCGUUCUCGAGAUUCUUCGUCGUCUUACUCAAGCUCACCCCCUAAUUCUGUUGAUGCAUUUGCCGAUCCUCGACGGCGGGAACGUGCGAACACCCUUGAGAGCAGAGCGCCCUCUGAUGUUGAAGCGAACCAGACGCGCCAAAGACCUCUUUCGAGUACAACCCAGCAAUUACGGCCAACAAUUAGCAACGCCAGCGUCGUUCGAGCCGAUACACGGAGGGAUGACGAUGACAGUCCGCCAGAGGAUGAUGUUUGCUUUCCUCAACUUGAUGAUUCAGGCAAGACCUAUACAAUAGACUUCGAGGAGCUGGAGGAAUUCGUUGCACUUUGUGCCCAGGGGCAGAUCCCAUCUGCCCUCAAUCGUGGCACACGUAAACAAAGUGUGAGCUCCAAGCAUGAGAAGUCCAUGGUCUUUCAUGAUGUAAGGCACCUUCAUGUGCCGCGAAUUGUUAGGACAUCGGCAAGUCCAGAUCCAGAGCCUUUGCAGUACGAUCCGGCAUCUGACACCCCGCCUUCCAAAUCUUCUGACAUGGACGAAAAACUCUCACUAAUGGAGAGCGCUGUUGCACCUCCUGAACCCGAUCGUUUCUGCUUGUUCUCUUCAGAAAUGCAAUCCGUGCAACAUGCUUCGGGCCUUGGUGGUCUUGUCGCCAAUGGGAAUACUUUCCGAGACCUCUUCGAAUUACCUCCUGACGGUGGUGGUGUCUGGUGGCUAGACGUGGUCAACCCGACUAAAGACGAACUUGUCGCAAUUGGCAAGGCGUUCAGAGUCCACCCCCUGACGGUUGAAGAUAUUGAAACACAGGAAGCACGUGAGAAAGUUGAGCUCUUCCACCAGUAUUAUUUUGUCACGUUCCGAACAUUCAUUAUGGACAAAAAUGACGAAGAUUUCCUCGACCCUAUCAAUCUCUAUAUUGUGGUUUUCAGGAAUGGUCUGCUCACCUUUUCUUACUCGGAGCAACCACACGGCCGAACUGUACGACGAAGAAUCAGUAAGAUGAGCGAUUAUCUCUCUCUUGGAGCUGAUUGGAUAUGCUACGCAUUGAUCGAUGAUAUCGUCGACUCCUUUGGACCCGUCAUACGCGAUGCAGAGCGUGAAUCUGAAGAUAUCGAAGACCAGGUAUUCAUUGCUCGCGAAGAUGAUUACGCUGCUCUGCUCAGGCAAAUCGGCAUCUCCCGCAAGAGGGUGCUCAAUAUGAUGCGGCUCCUCGGCGGUAAGGCAGAUGUCAUCAAGGGCUUUGCCAAACGCUGCAACGAACAAUUCUCGGCGGCGCCUCGCGCUGACAUUGGACUCUAUCUCGGCGACAUUCAAGAUCACGUUGUUACGAUGAUGUCUAACCUUGGGCACGUGGAGAAGAUGCUCUCCCGAUCUCAUGGGAAUUACCUUGCGCAGCUCAAUGUGGAUAAUCUGGUGCGUGCCAACCACGCCAACAACGUGCUUAGCAAGAUCACGCUCGUGGCCACCAUCCUGGUGCCUCUCAACUUGAUCUGUGGUCUGUUCGGGAUGAAUGUACCAGUGCCAGGAAAGAACUCCGAGUCGCUAGCGUGGUUCUUUGCCAUUCUCGGUGUCAUUGCUGCCAUUGUUGUAGUUAGUCUGGUUGUAGCGAGAAAGCUCCGAGCCAUUUGA